AUGGCAAAAAUAAAGCUCAAACUAUCAUCCAAGCCUGAAGAAGAUGUGGGUGCAGAAUCUCCCAAGAUCACAAUAAAGCCCCUCAAAUCUAAAAAGACUGUAGCAUUACCGAAGAUUAAAUUAAAGACACCCUCAUCGACAUCGACGCCUGACGUUAAAUUCAAAACAUUAGAAACUGGAGCAACGACCAACUCUUUUAUACCUGACACAGAGAUCAAGCUGAAAACUCCCAAGAUCAAGGUGAAACCAGCAAAGCUACCAGGUAAUGGAUAUGAUUCGGAGGAUCCUGAUCGAGAAGAAGAUCCGCUUGUUGAAGAGGCAAUAGUUGUAAGAUUUCUUCCAGAUGAGAACCUUGAUAUUGUACGAUCCGAUGAAUCUCAGGUGUCAAUUACGUGGAAGGAUAAGAGAAGGGCUGUUGUAAGCAUCGGAGACGCACUAUAUGCUGCUAAAUUAGUCAAUUUACCAACAGUGUCCGAAGUUCAUAAAUCAGUUGACAGGAAAAAUCUGUACAAGACAGUCGAUGUGUCUCAGAUGCUAUUGGUAAUCAAAAGAAUUAGUGAUAGAUCUGAAAUCAGUAGUUUGAAAGUGGAUAAAGAAGCAGGUGAGACGUAUCCAGAUGGGUUGACCACUCCUAUGGAGGGCAUUAAGGAGAAGUUUGAUAAGAAAUAUGAAACUUUGGUGAUUCAAAAUGUAGAGGAUGAAGUUGCAAAGCUGUUAAAGAUGGAUGAGGAAGCUGAAAGCUCGGUGUUUGAAUUCAUCGAUGCGGAAGAAGAGAACCUAACACCAGUAGGUAUAAUUGAAGACAGGCUGAGAAACAAAAGAGCCAAAAAGGAAAAGAAGAAAAGAAAAAGGGAAAUGGAAAAACAGCAGAGAGUCAACCAGCAAUCGAGCAAUCUGCCUGGUAUAUCUGAAUCUGGUUCUGUUCUUAAAGACGAUGAAGAAUUGAAUCUAAAUGACCAAUUUGAAGAUAUUGACGAUGAGCUAGACAGGUUGAUGGAAGAAGGUGGUAAGGAAGAUGAUGCGGAAGAAGGAGAUGAAGAUGACGACGAUGAAGAUGACGACGACGAUGAAGAGGAAGAAGAGGAAGAGGAGGAAGUAGAAGAAGAAGAGAUUGAUGCCGCUCCAACACCUGCCUCUGUCAAGGCGGAAAGCGAUGAUGAGGAUGAUGAGGAUGAUGAAGAUGAUGACGAUGUGGUAGGUCCGGCGAUCCGGAAUGGGGACGGAGAAGCUGAUGAGGUUGCCCAACAUAGUGCUUUGCUUCACGAAGAAAUAUCAGAAUUGGAAUCAACGAUUGCUCAGAAGGAGAAGGACCUAGCCAAGGCAUUCAAUCCAAUUAUGAAGAAUAGGAUUACUGAUGUUAUUAGUAGAUUACAACAAGAAUUAGAAAUGAAGAGGACACAGGUGGCUGAAGUGGAUGCAGAAAAGAAACGGGAGGAAGAUGCAAAGACAAUAUCAGGAAAUACACAAAAGAAUGCCAAUCAGGAUGCAGAAGAAGGAGAAGAAGAAGAAGAGGAAGAAGAAGAAGCAGAAGAUGUUGAUGUUGAUGUUGAUGAGAAAAAUGAUGAAACCGACGAUAAUGCCGGUGCAGAAGAGGAUGAAGAUGAAGAUGGUGUUGGGGAUAAAGAUACUUCAAUCCAUGAAACAGGCGAAGACAAUGAUGAAGACGAAUAUGACGACUUGUUUUAA